AACCUGUUUAUCUGAACUGGGCUUCACAUACUCUCAACAGCACAGGGGGAGGGGUUCAUCUGCUUUCAAUCAAUAACCUCUGGAAUUCAGAAAUACAAGUAGGUCCUGUCUCUGGCAGGCUCUGCCACACUCUUGAGGACAAGCGGGCUACGUAGUGAACCGGUUCAAUUCCUCUGUGGAUUUAUGUCUGCCUGCUUCUCUCUACAGGUAGGUGUUUUACGGAGUAGAGAAAAUGGCCGAUCCCAUUGCUUCCGAUUAUUUCAGCUGUCCAUUGUGCGUGGACCUGCUGAGGGAUCCAGUGGCUAUCCCCUGCGGACAUAGUUUUUGCAUGGACUGCAUUAGUGGUUACUGGAAUGAGGCAGACUACACUGGCAUCUACAUCUGCCCACAGUGUAAGAUCACUUUCACCCAAAGGCCUGUGCUCAGGCCCAACACUAUGCUCACCAAGGUGGCGGAAAAGAUCAAGAAGACUGGCACCAACCUCAACCUCAUGCCCUCAGGGAACACUUUUGCUGGCCCAGCUGACGUGCCCUGUGACUACUGCUCCGGGAAGAAGCUCAAGGCCGUCAAGUCAUGCCUGAACUGUCUGGCAUCCUACUGCGAGAAGCACCUGAAGCCCCAUUAUGAAUCGGCUACUUUCAAGAGGCACAAGCUGGUGGAUGAGCUGGGGAACCUGGACAGGAAGAUCUGCCCCCAGCACCAGAAGUCAUUGGAGCUGUUCUGCCGCACGGACCAGAUGUGUAUCUGUGCCAUUUGCACUGUCAGUGAACAUAAGGGACAUGACAUUGUCUCAGCCGAGGCGGAGAGGAGUGAGAAGCAGAAACUACUGGGAGUGUCACAAGCUGAGAUCCGACAGAAGUGUCAGGAAAGGGUGAAGGAACUGGAAGAACUGAGGACAGCAGUAGACUCACUAAAGAGCUCAGCGCAGAGGGCCAUGGCAGAGAGUGAGAAGAUGUUUGAGGACAUGAUCCGCUACAUCGAGAGGAUAAGGUCAGAGGUCACCAAGCUAAUCGGGAUCAACGAGAAGGCGGCAUUCAACCAGGCUGAGGGGAUGGUGGAGAGGCUGGAACAGGAGAUUGAUGAGCUGAAGAAGAAGGAGACAGGCCUCAAACAGCUGUACAGCACUGAGGACCACAUCCACUUCUUACAGAACUUCAACUAUCUUUGCACUCCAACGGAUGACGGCUUCAUCCCAAAAGUGUCAUUAAACCCAGACUUCUCGUUCGGGGCGGCCAGGAAAGCCGUGGCUGAGAUCAAGGACCGUCUGGAAGAGCUGGGCAAAGAGGAACUAAUGAAGAUCUCCAAGUCAGUGAAUGAGGUUCCUGUAUAUACAACGGAAAAGAGAGAAAGAAGCAGCCGAGUCAAGGAAGUAGUGACCGUGGACAGUCUGCCUCCACCAGAGCCAAAGACAAGACACGAGUUCCUGAAAUACUUUUGCCAGCUGAGGCUGGACCCUAGCACGGCAUACAAGGAGCUGCAUCUGUCGGACAGUAGUAGGAAGGUGAUUCGAACCAGGGAGCUCCAGCCCUACUCUGAAAACCCUGAGAGGUUUGACAGCUUUGCCCAGGUUCUGUGUCGCGAGGCCCUGUCUGGCGGACGCUUCUACUGGGAGAUUGAGUGGAGCGGGGAGUUCUCCAUGGGAGUCGCCUAUAAGGGGAUCAGCCGGAAGGGGAAAGGAUCGCUGUGUCUACUGGGCUAUAAUGAGAAGUCCUGGAGCCUGUUGUGUUCUGAGACAGGGUACUCAGCCUGGCACAACAGGGUUGAUAAGUCCAUUAAUGCACCCCAUUCACCUAGAAUAGGGGUCUAUCUAGAUCACUCAGCAGGGGUCCUGGCUUUCUAUAGUAUUGGCAACCAGAUGACUCUCCUGCACAGGUUCGAUACCACGUUUGAUGAGCCCCUAUAUCCUGGCUUUGGUGUUGGAACCUCUGUCAAGAUCUGUCAAUUGAAAUGAACAUUUCUGAUAAUGCUUUUUUAAAGAAUGGUUCAGUUCAUUUGCCACCCAUUCCCCUGUGAGUGGUGUAUUUUGUUCUGUUUUUAUUUGAGACAGACUAUGCCACAUAUAUUUUAUGAAUAUGCAAAAUAUUUGGAUGGAGAGGUUAUACUGUAUGUAACGUAUGCACGUCUGCAACCUUAACCUUUAUCCCACAUCAAGUAUUCUUUAUAUAAUGGUACUUUAGAAAAAGCUAAAUUUAUCUACAAGGACCAACAUAAUUGUUUUUGUGAUGUAUGUAAGUUUGCUUUUUUAAAUAUUUUUAAUAAAGAUUAAAAAACGUUUCA